AUGGUAUCAGCGGGUGUUUUUGCCAAGACAAUACUCACCCCAGCCGCAAUCGCCCUAUCAAUUUAUAUCCUAGCCUCAUGCGUGGUCAUCCCCUUCUUCCGCCGCUACCACCAGCGCUACUCGCAAUACCUCCCGCUACACAGUAUAUCGGCGCACACACUGUCUUUACGCGACCGCAUAGCUGAUAAAGUAAUGCACUUCUUCCUUCCAUCUCGGUGGCGGUGGGGCGCGCGUAUCGAACACGAUACGAUCAGUAUUGAUGAUGAGGAAGGGGAGAUCUUGGUUGGGAUGGAUAGGGAUUCUGCGAGGCGAGGCGCCCUGGAGGAACGGAGACAUGACACCCUGGGUGAGACGGAGAGUCGUUUGAGUCGGGAUUUGGAACAGGGGUUUAUGGAUGAUAGUGAUGAUGAGGGGAAUGAGGGGGGUCGGAAUGGCCUAGGUGGGAGGCUUUGA